UAUACACGUAUUUUCGAGUCUCACGCUUCUCUUCCAACUCAGUCCUUCGGCCUCGUUUUUUUUAAAUCAUCUCUUUCGCCGCCUGUCCAAACGCGCGUCAAUCGAAUUUCUAUCUUCGCCAUCUGAAUUAACAGCUCUGCCUGCCGUCCUUCCACGAGCGGCAUCUCUCUGGGGGUAGCUGGCAAUCUCCCACGGCGACGCAACUCGUGGCCUCACCCGCCGCAUCACAUUCAGGGCUCCUUCCCGAGGGCCUGUGCCUACGCGAACAUACCCAUGGCAACAUUGCUUAUAUUCCAUCUGCAGUGAAUCUUCGUUGCUGCUUCGCCUCCCCCCAGCCGGCUUCUCUUGCGCCCUCGUCGCGUUGGCCUAGCGAGUCGCCGCCGUGCUCACCGGAUGAUACACGCCGGCCCGACCGAUCCAUCCUAGGCACCGUCCUGCCCGCCUGAUUUCGGCGCCCGACUUGAACAGGCCACGAUGGCGAACCCCGAGCAGACCUGGGGUAUUACACCGCCGAUAUCGACCGCUCUCCCAACCCCCGACGAGACUUACUCUACGAAUCUGCUUCUAGAGGAACUGAGACGCCAGAAUACGUUCGAGUCUGCGGCGGAGACCAAGAAGAGGGAGAGGGUUCUCGCCGACCUCCAACGAAUCACCGACGAGUUCGUCAAGCGCGUGGCGCGAGAAAAGGAACCGCAGAAUGAGGUUCUUAUCCGGGACGCCCGCGGCGAGGUCUUCACCUAUGGAAGCUACUGUCUCGGCGUAUACGGCCCUGGCUCCGAUAUCGAUACCCUCGUCACCGCUCCCCGAUACGUGACCCGCGAGGACUACUUCCAGUACUUCCCGUCCUUGCUACAGGAGAUGGCGCCCAAAGGCGCCGUGACCGACCUCACUGCGGUCGAGGACGCCUCCGUGCCUAUCAUCAAAUUCGAGUAUUGGGGUAUCAGCAUCGACUUGAUCUUCUCAAGGAUAGCUACGCUGAAACAGUUCCCACCCCAUGGUCAGCUUACCUUGACCAACAACGAAUAUCUACGGGGUUUGGAUGACCGUGAGCUUCGGUCCCUGAACGGCACCAGGGUUACCAAGGAGAUCCUCAGCCUGGUCCCGGAACAGAGCACGUUCCGCCUUGCUCUUCGAGCCAUCAAGCUCUGGGCACAGCGGCGCGCUAUAUAUGCCAAUAUCAUCGGGUUCCCGGGCGGCGUGGUCUGGGCUAUGUUGGUAGCCCGGAUCUGUCAACUCUAUCCUAGGGCCGCCAGCGCCCACAUCGUGACCAAAUUUUUUCAGAUCAUGAAGGCCUGGCAUUGGCCUAUGCCGGUGCAGUUGAAGCAUAUGGACGAUGGUCCGCUGAACGUCCGCGUCUGGAAUCCGAAGAUAUACAAGAGCGAUAGCUACCACUUGAUGCCCGUUAUCACCCCGGCGUAUCCUCAGAUGUGCGCAACCUUCAACAUCACCCAUUCCACCAAGGCCGUCAUACAGCGCGAGCUCGAGCGUGGUGUGGACAUCACCAUCCAGAUCCGGGAGGGAAAACUGCCAUGGAAGGAUUUGUUUGUGAAACACACUUUUUUCACCUCGGACCACAAGUAUUAUCUUGCCGUCAUUGCCACCAGCAUCACGAAAGAGGCGCACAAAAUCUGGUCCGGAUUUGUCGAAUCUAAAGUCCGCGUCCUCGUGGGCGAUCUAGAACGGCACCAUGAUGUCUCCAUCGCACGCCCGUUCAACAAGGGCUAUGAAAGGCAGCACAGGGUCAAGAGCGACCAAGAGACUGAGGAGGUUCAGAACGGAAGUCUGAAUUAUAUCGUGCGCGAAGAAGAAGAAUCUACGGUGAAGCAAGAGAACGGUGUCGAGGGCAAGGCUGAGGUGAAAACAGAACCGAACUCGAUCGAGGCAGGGAGGGGCGAACCGGCGGACCACAAGGUCAAGUUCGACGCCGAGGACCCGGAGGUCAGGAUGGACGAUAUCCCCACCCUAGGAACCAAGAUAUUUACCACGACACAUUACGUAGGCCUCGAGCUUGCUGAAGGUGCCAAGUCGUUGGACUUAACUUCUCAGGUCAACGCGUUCAAGGCCAGGUGUAGCGAAUGGGACAAGUUCGACUCGAAUCUGAACUACUUGAGCAUCCAACACGUGAAGAACACCAAUCUCCCCGACGACGUCUUCGAGCCGGGCGAGGUCAAGCCGACGCGACCCCGGCUAGCCAGAAAGACGGCUACAAACGCCGGGCCCGCUCCCCCCCCAAAGAAGCGCAAUGCUUCUUCCGAAGCCAACCCUCCCCCCGCGAAACGACAGCAGCCCGCCCUGCAGGCAUCGACUACUGUUGCGGCGGGCUGAGCGUCGGACACGCCCUAAAUGCCUGUGCUUUGCCAGAAACAGUUUCUUACCCCGAUUCAGCUUACCCUGAUUUUUUUUCCCGGGCCCCGACUGAUCUGCUGUAGCUGACAUCAAUAUGUAUUGAUACUAACCUAAUAUUGUCCGGAGGCGGCCAUAGCACGGCGUAUGUGUGUUGUGUGUGUGUGUGCUCUUAACACACCCACGGACUCUUUUAACAUCUAUCGUUCACGAGCCAGCCAGGCUCUUCCGGCGCUCCGUAGGACAGCCUGGUCGAACAGUAACAGGACACGGGCGCUCCCGGCGAGAUAGGCUACGGCAACCCGGAAUCACCAGUUUUAUCUAGCGUCUUACCCCUAGACAGGAUGCAAACUGUGUUGUUCUUGGCCUUGCCUGUUGAUCCAAAACUCGGUGCCCCGGGGGGGGAGUUCGUAAUGGCGAGAAGGGAAGAUGUUAUGGUUAUUCUCUACUGCGACGUUUCCCCCUUUUCUUCUUCUUUUCUUAUACUUGUCCCCUCUCCCCACCCCCAACCCCUGUUUGCUUUAUCAUGUAGAGAGAGCAAGAGAGCACGACAGAAAACACACAACAGAGAGAGAAAGGGAUAGGCCCACUCCCCUGACACUGAUCCUGACGUAGGGCAUCGGACCACGAGCGUUGAGACAUCACGCACGGUGUAUCUAGAGGAGUUGCGAGUAAAUAAAUGCAUUUUUUUUCCCCGCGGGACAUA